AUGGUGCCCGCAAAGUAUUACUUCGACAGCACCGAUGAGGAUCCGGUGCAACUGAAGUACAUGAAGAGGGGCGCCAAGGUGGAUGCAAAGAAGCAGCGCAAAGAAGCAGCAAAGAAACGAAAGAGAGAAAGACUCGACCCUGACAAAGCACAGACCGCGCUUGAUAUCCAGCUCGACCAAGCCAAGAAGAAGCAGCGCUUGAAAGAUGGGCAGGCCGCGGCGCAGCCUGUCUCAAAUGAAGGAGCAGAGCAGGAUGACAGGCCUGGGCCUUCAGCUCUGCGCUUUGAUGUGCCAACAGGAGCAGAGCCCCCUGCAGAUGAGCUCCGGCAGCGCUUGCAUCAGCGGAUAGAGGAGAUGCGCACACAGAGGAAGGCGGAUGAGGAGCGCAAGGCAAGGGCCAAGGCUGCCAAGGAGUGGAGGCAGCAGGCCUCAUCCCGGGCCAAGCAGCCAUCCAAGCAGAGGCGUAAGAGGAGCGCAGGCAGUGAGGAAGAGCAGGCAGAGCAGCGCGCAGCCAAGAAGGCAAAGCAAGCGGCAGCCGAGGAUGCUCUGGUGGACGAUGGAAAGCUGAGCUUUGGGCGGGUGGAGUUAGGCACAGAAGGUGGCAGGCGAGGGGCGCAGAAGAAGCACAAGCCCGGCAAGGCGGAGCUGCUAGAGACUGCCAAGGCCAAGCAGGACACCAUCAAGGCGCUGGAGGGCACCAAGGAGGGCAGGGUGGCGGUAGAGCAGGAUGCCUGGAAGGCCGCUAUGGCGCGCGCUCGGGGCGAGAGGGUCCUGGACGACCCCAAGCUGCUGUCCAGGUCAUUGAAGAAGGAGCAGAAGAUGAAGAAGAAGAAGGCUGAAGCAUGGAAGGAGCGCAAGGACCUGCAGCGACAGAAUGCUAAGGUCAAGCAAAAGAAGCGGACAGAGAAUCUGAAGGCGAGAGUGGACACAAAGCUGCAGAACAAGAAAGACAAGCGCGAGAAGAAGCUGAUGAGGGCUGGUUUCGAGGGCCGCAGGGACUCAUUCAUUGGCUCAGAGUCAUGA